AUGGCUGAUCAAAUGUCUCCUCAGGCCUCCCAAUCGCUAUGUCCUGGCCCAAUUAGCCAAGCUGUAUCUUCUUCUAUUGGUAAUCAGGACGAUCCGACAGGUAGUCUCUAUCAUCGCUCAGAAGGUUGGCUGUUGCUACAAAGAACCUUGCAAGAGACUGCGCUGACGCAGAACCUCCUCUCAGAAGCUUCUUCGUUCGUGACCCAGCAUGCGACAAAUAAGCCUGUGUAUGUUGACACUCAGACUAUCACCCCUCGACCUUCUCCGGAGGGUAACAUACACUCAAGCCAUGGUGGACCAGAUGGCUUCGACGGAGGUCCUUCAUAUAUCAUCGAUAGCGCACAUGGAGCCCAAGAUGUGUACAGUGCUUCUGGCUUCGUGGUGGACGACACCUACCCAUGGCUUGAGUACAGUGAUUGCCUAUUCCAAACUUUGAAUGGUCACGGCUAUUCGAAUACUGGACUCUGGGAAUCGUCCUCGGGCUUUCAGGAGAUGACGCACAUGCCUCCCGACAAUCAUACAAGAAAUGUUGUUGCUACCAAUGGUGGGAUGUUUGGAAUGCCAACCGUAUUGACGGUCAGCAGCGCGCUUAAGACCUCAGACUUGAUAGCCGCGACACCUAAUACCAUAGGUUACCCAAGUCAAGACGCUGCAAUCGACAAGCAACUGCCAAAGACAAAGAUUGAGGAUGUGGUACCAGAUAUCAAUACUGGCUUGAGUAAGAGCGCUGCAUUGCCACCGGAGGAAUACAUGCAUCGCCAAGCGCCACGGACUGCGCGCAGGAAAUCCGAGCAUCCGCGCAAGAGACGAGUCCUGAACCCCGAGGAGAGAAUCGAGGUGGCACGCAAACGCGGACUUGAAGGUGAAAUGUCUCUGUCCCUUGUAACACCAUUGGAGGGAUGA